UAGCUAAGGCCGCACCGACAGUUAAACGAGUCAACCCAAUCGAACCAACCCAAAACGAGGCUAACGAACGCGUCGGUCAGGAUAUAUACCUAAGUGCAGUGAUAAGUCCAGAAUAGACUAACGAAAAUACCAAACAGUGAUGAUGUGGAAAAUUGUAAUUGUGCUCGUUGCGGCCUUGGCCCUGGCCUCAGCCCAAGAUCAAGCAGCUCUGCCCCAGAACUGCAGCGCACCAGGAGUCGAGAGCAUCGAUUGGAACAAUACCGCACUAUUCGGCCAUUGGCUCGAAGUGGCACGUAAUCCCCUUGGCAAUGCGAAAGCCUGCUUGUCGUUCAGCGUGGGUCUGCUGUCGGACAACACGACGUUGAGCAUCAACGCCUCGCACUCGAGCAGCACCACAUCGCUCUACUCGAACAUCGAUGAGUCGGCCAAUGUGACGCUGGUGCCCCAAGCCAAGACGGGCUACAAUGUCACCUUCUACCAGGGCCAGUCAGCCCAGCCGACCGUGUUCAUCAAGCUGCUUCAACUGGUCAACAGCACCUACAUCACAGGCUGCGGCUACACUGAUCCCCAAAACAACGCAACCAGCUUUGGCUUCAUUCUGAGCUCGGGCAACUACAGCCCAACAGGCAUCAAAUUGGUCAACGACCAGGCCUUCCCACUGUAUAGCAAUUUCCAGAACAACACAUACGCAAACAUCACACAAGCAGGCUGCUAUAAAAGCUCGGCCGCCCAGUCGCUGCCGAUGAUCUCUGGCUUCCUGGCCGUGGCUCUGCUGCUGAUCAAGGCGCACUAAAAAAAGGGGCAAAACCAAUUGCUGAGCUCGUUAACACACUUAACUUCUUUGGUGUAUUGGUGCGACUUUUAUUUAGUUUUUAGUGUUUAUUUAAAUUUUGAAAUCGUGUCAGCAAGCAAAAGCACAUACCUGACGCAGCUAGGUAAAAAUAAAAAGUAAAACAUGUAAAAAACAUUCC